AUUGAAAUAUAAAUCAUUAAUAGUUUUGAAUCGAUCAGCUUCAACAUGGUAUCCAGAUUUAGAAUAUAUGGGACAAUUUUCGAAAAUAUUUUUAGCUCCACCAAAUGAAACGAAUAAAUGGAAACAUUCAUUUCCUAGACACAAAUUUGAUGAUAAACUUGUAGACCACACUGGAGAUUGGUAUAUAAAUUUUGGUCCACAGCAUCCAUCUGCUCAUGGUGUUCUACGUCUUGUUAUAAGAUUACAAGGUGAACAAGUAAUCACUGCAACCCCUCAUAUCGGAUUACUUCACAGAGGAACAGAAAAAUUAAUCGAAUAUAAAACAUAUACACAAGCUUUACCUUAUUUUGAUCGCCUUGACUAUGUUUCAAUGAUGUGCAAUGAACAAUGUUUUUCUAUGGCAAUUGAAAAAUUACUUAAUAUUGAAGUUCCAUUACGUGCAAAAUAUAUUCGUACAUUAUUUGCUGAGCUAACACGUAUUUUAAAUCAUCUCUUGGGAAUGGCAGCGCAUGCUUUAGAUAUUGGUUGUAUGUCACCAUUUUUUUGGUUAUUUGAUGAAAGAGAAAAACUCAUGGAAUUUUAUGAGCGUGUAAGUGGUGCUCGUAUGCAUUCGGCAUAUAUAAGACCUGGUGGAGUUGCUUUAGACCUUCCACUUGGUAUUAUGGAUGAUAUACAUGAAUGGGCUUCAAAAUUUGGAGGAAAAAUUGAUGAAAUUGAAGAUCUUUUUUCAGAGAGUCCAUCAUGGUUAUUACGUACAAAAAAUAUUGGUAUUAUUAGUGCAGAAGAUGCUAUACUUUAUGGAUUUAGUGGAGUAAUGUUAAGAGGUAGUGGUAUUAAAUGGGAUAUUAGAAAAGCUGAACCUUAUGAUGCAUAUAGUUUAGUAGAAUUUGAUGUUCCUGUUGGAAGGAAUGGAGACUGUUAUGACAGGUACUUAUGUCGUAUUCAAGAAAUGAGACAAUCGCUCAGAAUUAUUGAACAAUGUUUAAAUAAUAUGCCAACUGGUGAGGUACGAAUAGAUGAUGCAAAAAUUGUACCACCACGUAGAAAAGAUAUGAAAAGUAGUAUGGAAGCAUUAAUUCAUCACUUUAAAUUAUUUAGCCAAGGCUUUCAUGUACCACCUGGUUGUACAUAUACAUGUAUUGAAGCACCGAAGGGAGAAUUUGGUGUAUAUUUAGUUAGUGAUGGUAGUUCUAAACCGUACAGAUGCAAAAUUAAAGCACCUGGAUUUGCUCAUCUUGCUGGCAUAGAAAAACUAACUGCUUAUCAUUUUAUACCUGAUCUUGUGGCUAUCAUUGGUACUCUUGAUAUUGUAUUUGGUGAGAUAGAUCGAUAAAAUAUUUUCUUAAGAAUAAUAGGCAGAUUUAUAGCAAUUUAAUACAAAGAAUUAUUAC